AUGGACUUUGAGGAUGAAUUUGAACCAAUUCUCAAAAUUCUGGAAGAAGAAGCAAAGGAGGAUAAAUUGGUCAAGCAAAUUAGAUUGCAGAGGAAGUUGUUAGAUGCGGAAAGGCGAAAUAAGAAAGCACCUACUGACGAAGAGAAAGUAGAAGAUGAAACAAAGAAAAUAACCAUUGACGAUGCAGAAAAUGAUAGAAAGAGAAGUGGCAAUCAGAUCAUGAUGAACUUGAAAAAAAUCAAGUUAAUAAAUUCGUUGUCUGAUGGGCAAGAGAAUGUAGGUGCCGCUGGAAGCACGAAAACUCCACCGGCAGCACCAUCAAGUAAACAGGGUGUGGAUCCUUCUAAAAAUUCUAAAAAACCAUCGCUUGCCAAAGCGCUUAAGUUUCUUCAGAAGUUCAAUCAAUCAACACCUGUAGAAAAGCCAGAGAAGCCUUUUCUGUCGCUUAGUGCUGCUCCUCCUGUCCUGCUUUCAUAUUCCAUAGAGAACUAUCCAGAAUACGCACCGAUUCUUGAAAACGUUCCAAACUUCAACCCCAAUAUAGAAGACGUGGUUAAAAUUAAAAAGACGGUAUUAGAUCAGCUAAUUGGUAAGAAUGACAAUUUCCCGAAUUUGUUGCAAUCGAGUCUUGUAGAGAAGUAUGACGAGGUAUAUAGAAUGUUUGAACACACUAUAAAAGAUAACGAGGGUCACUCAGCGCUAUUAAUAGGACCUCGAGCACUGGGUAAGACUGCCAUAGUUCAAAGAGCAUUACGUGAAUUGGAAAAGAAAUACCUGAAUGAAUUCAUAGUGGUGAAAUUGAACGCAUAUCACCAAACGGAUGAAAACACUGCAUUAAGGGAAAUUGCCAGACAACUAGAUAAAAACCUAAGACGUGUAAGAGAAGAAAGUGAACCGAAUAACAAUGGCAAAAAACGUAAUAGUGACAUUGAAUAUGCCAAUUUCGAGCAAAGAUCAUUGAGCGACACUUUCGCAAAUAUCCUUUCUAUCCUAGACAAGAAUGAAAAGAAACACAACGAAGAAGAAACUCGUACAGUUUCGAUCAUCUUUGUCAUUGAGGAGUUUGAGAAAUUUACUCUAAGCAGCAGGCAAACGUUGCUUUAUAAUCUCUUUGACUUGUCUCAAAGUUCAAGCACUCCAGUUUGCAUUAUUGGGAUUUCUUCGAAAGUAACAGCAAGAGAAUUAUUAGAAAAGAGAGUGAGACUGAGGUUUAGUCAAAGAAUUAUAUCUAUAAACAAAGCACGAUCUAUAGAAGAAUUUUGGUCGAAUGCCAAGCUAGGCUUAAUUGUAGAUGUUGAUGUGAUUAAUGGCUUGAGAAAUCCAAGCUAUGGGGAAUUGUGGAAUAGGUACAUCGAAUAUUCAUUCAACAGCUUAAAGCAAGGUACCUCAAUGUUAAGAAAACUAGUUAUUACAAACUACUACACAUCAAAGAACUAUAAGGAGUUCAACAACUCGGUUAUACCAGCAAUUGCAGCCAUAACCAGUAUCUCACACCCAUUUCCUAUGCAGGAGAAUUUUUCAGUAUAUACUUCUAUCCAGUCUAUUAACAACAUACAGUCGAUUGUUAAGUCACUUUCAGAAUUGGAGCUUUUAAUAAUUAUUGCAGCUGCCCGUUGGAUAGAGAAGUCAUCUUUGCAAGUUAUAAAUUUUAAUCUCGCUUAUAGGGAAUAUGAAGAAAUGAUGAAACAGUACAAUAUAUCUGCGACAUCUGUUGCUUCAUCAACAAACUCCGCAGAUAACCAAAUUAUCACCAACUUUAAAAUUAACCAAAGAAUAUGGUCGGUCAACAUUUUGAAGAAUUGCUGGGAGAACUUGUAUAAACUCGAGCUAUUACUCGAACCAAAUAUCGAAAAGGCUACUGCAGGCUAUAAUGCAGGUGUCAUUGAAGAAAGUCAUAUGGUGCACAUAGAUGUAACGUUGGGCGAAUUGGGCGACAUAGUGGAUGAGUUUCAUUUCGCCAAAAAGCUAACAAGAUUGUAG